GAGGACCAGCACCGGGCAGUCCUGCCAGACGGACACCGUCAAGGACACGGACUCGCUGCAGGACUGGCUGCGCGAGCAGUUCGCGCCGAAGACCUUCCAGGACUUCAACGUGUAUCCGUCCGUUGUGAACGCCUCGUCGGUCUUCAGGCUUCAAGACGGAACUAUGGCGUGGAGUCCGAGGUACGCCGGCGACACUAAGACCUCCGUCAUCAUCGGGGCUGUCCGCCUCCGGCAGCUGCGAGUGCAGUACAACAAGGACUGCCUGAUCAAGCAGCUCUACAUCGAUGAGGGCAUUCAGAGCGACUGCUUUCCGAA